AUGACUACCAAACUGUCGCAGGAGACCGCAUCUACCUUCGUGGGACACCGUGAGGGCGACGUAUUCUUCAGCCAUGCUUCUGGAAAGCGUGGGAAUGACUCCCCAGACCCGAUGUCCUUAGACACAGUGUUUUGGAUUGCUUCCUGCACGAAGCUGAUUACCAGCAUAGCCUGCAUGCAAAUGGUCGAGCAGGGCAAGCUGGCUCUCGACGAUGCUGAACAAGUCCAAUCGCUCGCUCCAGAGUUGGGGGAUGUCCAAGUCGUUGAGCGAGAGACCGAUGGCAGCUUCCGUCUAGUCCCAAAAGACCGCGGUAUCACACUUCGAAUGCUCCUGAAUCACACCUCUGGAUUUGGCUACGCCUUCGAGGAUCUGAAACUUCGUGACUGGUCUCGCCCACUCGGCUUGGACGACUUUUCCGGCCACGAGUCGGACGUAUUGCACCGGCCAUUGGUCAAUCAGCCAGGGACUCGGUUCCAGUAUGGUGUUGGGCUUGAUUGGGCUGGUGUGCUCGUGGAACGAGUCAGCGGUCUAUCCCUGGAAGAGUAUUUUCAGCAGUUCAUUCUGCGGCCUCUGGGGAUUGAAUCGGUCACUUUCUUCCCCUCCGUGGAGAUGAAAAUGAACCUGGCGUACAUGCAUCAACGCGAUAAAGAUGGUACAUUGAAAACCACCGAUCAUCUCUAUCGGUAUCCUCUUCUGCCGUGCAAACCUGGAAUGGAAAGCAAUAGGUUCUGCAUGGGAGGAGCAGGCUGUUUCGGGAAGCCCAUUGAGUAUUGCAAGCUCAUAGCAACACUUCUAAACGACGGCACGGACCCAAAAACAGGAACCCAGCUCCUGAGACCCGAAACAUCGAGUGUAGAGAUGUUCACCGACCAAAUUCCAGAUAUGCCUCGGUAUUGUAACGAAUACACACCAUCGGGAAAGCCGCUUCUGGCCAACCCUUGUCCUUUGGUGCCCUGUGAUGAUGACCUGACUGAGGGUUGGGGGCUGUCCUUCUCUCUCAGCCAUCGCAAGAGCCCAACAGGGAGGGCAGCUGGAUCUGGUUCUUGGGAGGGACUGGCAAAUCUGUUCUGGUUUGCGGAUCGGGAGAAUGGGGUUGGGGCUAUUAUUGCAUCGCAGAUUCUUCCGUAUGGAGAUCUGCAGGUGUUGGGAUGCAUGGAGGAGGUGGAGAAGAUGAUAUAUGAUGAGUUGGAAUCUAGAAACGUGUAG